AUGCAAUCCAUAUCAUUUACUUUUGAUAUAUGGACAAGUGGGGCUCAACAACCAUAUAUAUCACUAACAACACAUUAUUUAACAAAACAAUUUGAGCUUCGUAACAAAACACUAGGAUGUUCAUACUUUCCAGGUGAACAUGAUGGAAAAAGUAUUUUUCUUAAAAUUAAAUCUAUGGUUAGUGAAUGGAACAUGGAUAUUUUAAGUUUAAAUAUUCCUAUUUAUAUGGUCACAGACAAUGCAAGAAAUAUAAGUUGUGCAUUAAAUAAAUAUAAUUCCAAUGAUAACUUACAUCACUAUUUUUGUGCAGCCCACACAUUACAAUUGGCCAUCCAAGAUGCUUUAAAAGAAAAUAAUAUGGAAAGUUUAUUAAAAAAGUGUCGUUCAAUUGUAACUCAUUAUAACCACAGUAACAAAUCUUGGGAACGUUUACAACAAAUUCAAGUUCGAUUAAAUCUUCCAAACCAUAAGCUCAUACAAAUGGUCGAGACUCGUUGGAACAGUGUGUUUUUAAUGUUGGAGCGCAUAAUAGAACAAAAAGAAGCAAUUGUUUUGGAUUUGCAAAACUGGGUAAAAGACAUUAAUAUUACAGUAGGAGAGUGGAAACUUAUUAAUGGAUAUGUUGAAAUAUUAAAGCCUGUUCUUGAAGCAACAAAGGAAUUUAGCCAAGAAGAUAUACCAACAUUUUUAAUGCAAUACAGCAGCAGGAUUAGGAUAUUUGCUAGAAGCUUGAAAAAAUCUAUAUCUAAUAGAUUUCAAGUAUGCAAAAAUGACCCAGCAUACUUACUAGCAACAGCAAUUGAUCCUAGAUUUAAAACUAUACUUAUGGAAUCGUAUGAAGUAGAAAAUGUAAAACGUUUGCUUACAACAGAAGUUGAGAGUUUUAAAUUAACAAGUGAUACAAAACUAGAAACAACUGAACAAAAUAUACAACCCAUAACAGUACCUGUUCCGACAAAUUCACUGUGGGUUAUUCUUCAAGAGCGAUCAAUCUCCAGUACUGGCAAUGAAGGACUAACAAGCUGUGUUAAAAAUGAGAUACAGGAAUAUUUGCAUCAACCACUUCUUCCUCCUACAUCAAAUCCCCCUUGUAUGGUGGAAAACUAA